AUGGAGGUAGCAGCCAACCAGGAGUUGAGGAAGGGUGCAGCGAAGGUGAAGGGUGCCAACAACGCGGACGCAGGUGCCGCUGCGAAUCCAUUGACGGCGGCCCCCACCGUGGCCGCAGCGGCCUCGACCGCUUCUUCUGCAGCCGGCGUGCCCGCAGAAGGCGGAGGAGCGGGCGCGGCCGGGGCGGCGACACCCUCGGCGCCUACGGUACCAGACCUCAUGAAGCAAUGCAACGACUACUUCGAGGCGUACAACGAGUCUCCGAAGUUCGCCAAGUUGUUGGAGGCUUGCGCCGACUGGCUCCCGGUACAAUCGUACCCUCUCCAGCGGUGUGUGCCCGCCAGGCGGUGGUUGGACGUGACCAUGCUCGAAAGCUUGCUUUUCAACCGCCGGGCCAUGGAACUUGCCCUGAUGAAGAACGAGCCGCUUGUUCCCGACGCUGCCAAGAAGCUCGGCUGGGGCUUCGUGGAGGCGGUGGUUGCGGUUCUGAAUCCGUUUGCUGAAGCGACCCGGACCAUGGAGACCGACAAGCACUCGACAAUCGGUCUCGUGCUCGAGUUGUUGGCCUUGCUGCGGAAGAAGAUCGACGGUCUGCUGAAGCACGAGAACGGCGCCAUCCGCGUGGCGGCCUGGAACAUGAGCAUUGAGCUAGGUCGAAGGUGGGUGGGGGCCAGCUCACUCUGGACCGUGAGCACCAUCGACCCUUCCGCCGAGACGCUGGGCACGUCCGGCUGCAAGAAAAUUCACUUCGCCGCUGCGGUCCUGGACCCCAGAGCUAAGGGGAUGGCUCGCAUCCCCGGGUACGUCAUGGACUACGCGUUCGGAAUCGUCGCCGACCUCGCGGAGCAGCUCAUGGAGGAAAAACUCGCGAAAGAGUUCGACAUCGCCUCGUACCUGAACGAGGACGAGGAGGAGAUGGGAGAGAGCGUGGGCGCGAGGGAGACCGGUGCAGCCCAUGCGGGUGGAGGCAAGAGCGGCGGCAUCACCGGUGGCAAGGGCGCGGGGCAAGCGAACAGGAAGUCGGUGAUGGCUCGCCUGUUCGACUCCGACUCGGACCAAGAGGAGGAUGCCGAGGUUGAGACUCGGAGCUUCAAGGGCGACUCCCUGCCUCUGCCUCCUACGGAACGGUCCAAGCGCAAGGAUCAGUACCUGGCUCAGAUCCGGUGGGAGGUGCUGAGGUACCGCGCCCUCGACAAGAUCGACAGCGAGUCCGACCCUUUGCUGUGGUGGGAGCAAGGGCAACAACGCUGGUCGUUCCCUUCUCUUCGGCAGCUGGCGAUGCGCGUCCUUUGCGUGCCGGCUUGUUCUGCGUCGUCGAAGCGGCUUUUCUUCAAGACUGGGGUCGUCGGCAACUCGAAGCGAGCGCGACUCAGGGGAAGCAGGGUGGCGCAGAGGCUGACCGUUUGCGGUGCGGUUGCCUGCGGGCUCCUCGAUAAAUGCUACUGAGCCUUCUCAGUUUUUCCUUCGUUACGUUCACGAUUGUUUCAAUGGGGCGUGUUUGUUACCGCGGUGGACACGCGCUUGGGGUUACGAGGCCUGGUCCGCAGCAGAGGGCGCGUUGACCCGCUGGUUCUGUGUUUUGUUUUGUUUUGAUUUGUUUUUUUUUGUGUGUGUGUGAACGGAACGGCCGUCUUAUAUCGUGGGAGAACCCGCAGCAGCUGUAGCAGCAGCAUUUUCAGAAGUCGGGCCUUUUGAACGGGGUGUUGCGUUG